AUGGCACCCAGCGGGCACUGGAACGAUGUUAACUUCCUCCACGACCUCGUCGUAGCCUUCUACCAAGUCGGCAUCGACGCCAAUGCUCUCACUGCAGACAUGCGCAAAGACAUCGCCGCUCGCAUGAAGACCAUGAAGCACGACGUCACCUGGGAGGGCAUCAGCUUCACAAACGAGCAAAUGUCCAAGAUUAUGGACGAGUUGCGCACUCGGGAGUAUACCUUUACAGAGAGUGCUCUUCGGUGA